AUGGUGAAGUUGGGCAGCAAUCUGUCUGAUAAGCUGGAGAAACAGCCACCUGUGGAUGAUGGCUUUGAUAACAUCCCCCUUAUCACACCCCUGGAGGUCAACCAGCUCCAGAAGCCGUUCACAGACAAGGUCAUUGUGAAGACGUCGACACAGUACCAGCUACAACAGAAGAAGAACAAGUUGUAUGUGCCCAACAUCAAGAAGCUGAAUAUCAACUUCUACAGUGAUGUUUCAGAGAAAGUUAAGAUCACAGGUCUGAUCCUCAUCACUUUGGCCUUCCUGACCAGCCUGCUCCUCCUACUCAUGUACAAAGCCAUGUGGUAUGACCAACUCACCUGCCCAGAGGGUUUCAUCCUUAAGCAGAAGCACUGCACUCCGGCAGCUCUGGAGAUGUAUUACACAGAGCAGCAGCAGGAGCCUGGUGUUCACGGCAGCACCAAUGCUGGGUUGUAUGCCGCCCUCAGCCACCUCAACCAGGUCAAGAGGACUGGGCCUGAGCUGCCAUCACCAUGGUUACCAGUCAUCAGUGCUCUGAAGGAGGCUGAGAUGGCAAAACAAGGCAGUGAGCCACUCAAAGGAGCACUGGAGCGAGAGGAGUGA